AUGGGAGAAGGAAACCAAACUUCUGUGUUUGAAUUUGUCUUGUUGGGACUGUCACAGGAUCCACAGAUCCAAAUCUUGUUGUUCUGUGUUUUCCUGAUCAUCUACCUUCUUUCCAUAUUUGGAAAUCUGCUGAUAAUACUCCUCAUCCAAGUUGACUCUCAACUUCACACACCCAUGUACUUUUUUCUCAAAAACUUAUCUUUUGCUGACCUCUGUUUCUCUACAAGCAUCGUACCCCAGAUGUUGGUUCACUUCCUUGUGAAAAAGAAAACCAUUUCCUUUACUGGAUGCUCAAUACAGAUAGCGGUCUUCCUCCUUGCAGGGUGUACAGAGUGUGCACUGCUGGCAGUGAUGUCCUAUGACCGGUAUGUGGCUGUCUGCAAGCCCCUGCACUAUUCCACCAUUAUGACCCAGAAGGCUUGUGUCCAGCUGGCCACAGUGUCCUGGAUAAGUGGGGCAGUUGUAUGUUCAGUGGACAGUGCGUUUACACUGUAUCUCCCCUACCAGGGACGGAAUGUCAUUAAUCACUACUUCUGUGAACCACCUGCUCUCCUAAAGGUGGCAUCUGGGGACACCUACAAUGCUGAGAUAGCUCUCUUUUCAAUGGGGGUGAUUAUCCUCCUAGCUCCUGUCUCCCUCAUCCUUAUCUCCUACUGGCAUAUCAUCUCCACUGUGAUCCGGAUGCAGUCUGGGGAGGGGAGGCUCAAGGUCUUCUCCACCUGUGGCUCCCACCUCACCGUUGUGGUUCUCUACUACGGCUCUGGAAUAUUUGCCUACAUGAGACCAAAUUCCAAGACGAUGAAUGAAAAAGAUAAGGUCAUCUCUGUGUUCUAUUCAGUCAUGACUUCCAUGUUGAACCCCAUCAUUUACAGCCUUAGGAACAAGGACGUUAAGGGGGCUCUCAGGAAGCUGGCUGGAAGAUAG